CAGGGCAAAGGGAAAUGUGUCAUGGGGAGGCAGGCAGACAGCAAUCAGUGGAAACCAAAGGGGAGGAUCUCCUGCUCAGUGAAGCUGCAUUCAUUGACUACGCAGUGUAUGAGGAGGGAGACUUGAAGACCAGGAAACCCUGGAAGAGCUGGCAGAUUGGACAGCAUCACCAGUGGCCUCAUGGACUCCCAGGAAACUCCAAAGGGAAUGGUCUUUUCCUCUCCUCAUCCGGGUUCCAUUUCCUUCUCUCAGGGGCCAAUGGGGACACCUGUGCAAUUCUAUAAAUCGAAAGCACCCGUACAGAAAUUCCUGAAAGGGGAACCCAAGGUGCUGGGGGCCAUCCAGAUUAUGAUUGCCCUGAUGAACUUCAGCUUGGGAAUGGUUUUCAUUUUGGUUUCUAUGAAUUCUCACGCAGUUGAAACUUUUCUGUUUUACACUGGCUACGUAUUCUGGGGAACAGCAUUUUUCAUCAUCUCUGGCUCCCUCUCCAUUGCUGCAGAGAACAGAACCACAAAUACUCUGAUCCAAAGCAGCCUUGCAAUGAACAUUGUUAGCUCAGUGGUGGCUGGACUGGGAAUCAUCUUUUUAUCAAUCAGCUUGGCAAUGUUUGCAUACUCCCACUACUAUUACUGUCGCCAAGAAGGUUACCAUGAUGUCUGUGUUUUUGGUCACUCUCUAUUACUGGGAAUCAAUUUUAUUCUUCUGAUUCUAACUAUUUUGGAAUUGAUCCUCUCCCUCACGAUCUCAGGCUUUGGCUGCAAGGCAAGCUGCUGUGGCCAGAGUGGGAUCACUAUCUUCAUGCCUCCUCCACCCUAUGUAUCAGAACACCCAGCUGCUGAAUCCUGCGAAGGAGGGACCAUGCUUCCAAGCCCAGCUGCUGACACAACUGCCUUGCCAGGAAGCCAUCCCGAUAGUUUCAUAUAGAACACAUGCUUCCCUGUUCUCAGGGAAGGCUCUUUGCUGUGCUGGCUGUUUCUCGAUGAAAAAUAAAACAAAUUAAUUAUGGUU